GCUCGCACCCUCGCCUUCCGUGAUCUUCCGCGGCCCCUCGGGGCUCCGGGCUCCCCACUCCUGGACCUGCCCCUUAGACUCUAGCCCGGAUCUUCACCGGCUGACAUCUUUUGGCCCCGCCCCCCACCCCUGUAACCUCGGGGGCGGGGCUGGAGAACCAUGGCGAUGCUCUGGCCUGCCGGCGGAUCUGAACGGGCGGAAGUCUGCAGGGAGGGACGCGGAGGGAUGGGCGUGCGAAGCCGUUUCCGGUGGCUCGCUCUGUUGGCGGGUCCCAGACGCGCCCGGGCUGGGUGUCUGAGUCAAGACAAGUGGAUCCCACCCUCCAAAUCUCAUGCAGGAUUCCUGGUCUUUAAGCCUGAACUGAUCUCUCGGCUGGAACAAGGACAAGAGCCAUGGGUCCUUGACCUACAGGGAGCAGAGGGGACAGCGGCACCAUGGAUUUGCCAGACAGAUUCUACUAUUAAAACUCCUCCCAAGCAGAACUGUGAGUAUAUGAACGUUCCCAAAAGGCAGAUUCCUGGCUGUGGAGACAAAUGGGAUUCUAAGGUCUGGUCAGAGAAUUGCUCAGGUGGCCCUGGGCAGCAUUUGAAUAACGAGACUAUGGCUCCCAAGGACACGGUCCAGGAUCGUAAGGAGCUACCGGCCACUGUCCUGGGUUCUCAGCCUGAUGAACAGAGAGACCGUGUGAAAGGGACGUGGGAAAACUGUGAAGUGUGUGGUAGAGUCAUUAGACCAACUUUGAACUUGGAUCCAUGUCUGGAAGUGAGUGUGCAGGAGAAACCAUUCAGAUGUCAGGAGUGCCAAAAACAACUACCUGACCACUUAGAGGAGAAAUGCACAAGUAACUUCCCUGGGAAGAAGCCUUACAAAUGUGAGGAAUGUGGGAAAGCCUUCAGGCUGUGUUCACAACUCAAUCAGCAUCAGAGAAUCCACACUGGAGAGAAACCAUUUAAGUGUGUGGAUUGUGGGAAAGCCUUCCGCCUGAGCUCAAAACUGAUUCAGCAUCAAAGAAUCCAUACGGGAGAGAAGCCUUACAGAUGUGAGGAAUGUGGGAAAACCUUCGGGCAGAGCUCAAGCCUUAUCCAUCAUCAGAGAAUCCACACAGGAGAAAGGCCUUAUAGUUGUCAAGAGUGUGGGAAAGCCUUCAGCCAGCAGUCCCAGCUGGUCAGACACCAGAGGACUCACACCGGGGAGAGGCCCUACCCCUGCCCGGAGUGUGGCAAGGCCUUCAGCCAGAGCUCGACUCUAGCCCAUCAUCAGAGGAUGCAUGCUGGGGAGAGAUCUCACUUGCCAAGCGCUUCAGAGAGCCCAAGCCUUAUUGCCCGUGAGAAAAAGAACAGUGUGGAGAAGCCAUUUAAGUGUGAGGAGUGCGGGAAGGCUUUCAGGUGGGUCUCCCGCCUGAGCCAGCACCGGCUGAUCCACACUGGAGAGAAGCCCUAUAAGUGUAACAAGUGUACAAAGGCCUUUGGUUGCAGCUCACGGCUCAUUCGCCACCAGAGAACUCACACGGGAGAAAAACCGUUUAAGUGUGAUGAGUGUGGGAAGGGCUUUGUCCAGGGCUCCCAUCUUAUUCAGCAUCAGCGAAUCCACACGGGAGAGAAGCCUUAUGUGUGCCAUGACUGCGGGAAAGCCUUCAGCCAGAGCUCCAGUCUCAUCUACCACCAGAGGAUUCACAAGGGAGAGAAGCCAUAUGGAUGCAUCCAAUGUGGAAAAGCCUUCAGUAUGAGCACACAGCUCACCAUCCACCAGAGGGUUCACACCGGGGAGAGACCCUAUAAGUGUAGUGAGUGUGGAAAAGCCUUCAGUCAGAAUUCCACCCUUUUCCAACACCAGAUAAUCCAUGCUGGAGUGAAGCCCUAUGAGUGUAGUGAGUGCGGGAAGGCCUUCAGUCGGAGCUCAUACCUUAUUGAACACCAGAGAAUCCACACGAGAGCCCAGUGGUACUAUGAAUUUGGAAACACCGUUGAAAGUAACGCCUUUUUGAACCCUAAAAAAGUGAACACUGUAAAAACAUUGCACCAGUGUGAUGACUGUGAGAAGAUAUUCAGGUGGCGUUCACACCUGGUUAUACACCAGAGGAUUCACACCGGAGAGAAGCCUUACAAAUGUAGUGCUUGUGGUAAAGCUUUUAAUCGGAGCUCCAGGCUCACUCAGCACCAGAAGAUUCACAUGGGAUAAAUCCUUCACCUAAACGUCUUGGUUCCUUCUCUGUUGCUGUGAUGACACCAGGGCCCGAGGGAACUUUCAAACAUUUAUUUGGGCCUUACAGCUCCAGAGAACAUUCAUGGCCGUCAUGGUAGGGGCAUGACAGGCAGGUAAGCAGGUAGGCAUGGUGCUGGAGCUGUGGCUGAGGGCUCACAUUUGGAGACAGUUGUUAGGCAGAGAGGACUAACUGGAAAUGGCUAGAAUCUUUUGAAACCUCAGAGCUCACCCUCAGUGACACACCUCCUCCAAGACCGUAUCUCCUACUAAUUCCCAAACAGUUCCACCGACUGAGGACCAAAUAGUCACACGUAUGAGCCUAUGGGACCAUUCUACUCAAUCCACCACACUAUAUAAAUAUGUGACUGUGACUAAACCUGAAGCCUUAUUUUAUUGGGGUAAUUUAUGCUAACAGAAACUUGAGAAUGCUGGGGAAGAUUCAGAUUUGUUCUUUAAGAAGGUCCUACUUAUGAAAAUAAGUUUUGUUUUGUUUCUGGAAUGUUUGGCAUUUACCCAUUAAAUAAAAUAUGUGUCACACUCAA